AUGGCUGAAUCCGUGCGAGUGAUCUGCCGAUGUCGUCCAUUGAAUGAUCGAGAGAAAAAGCUCAAUUCAAAGAUAUGCGUCGAAAUGGAAGGUUCAUCGGGACGAGCUUCCCUGGUCUCUGAUGAUUCACCUCAAAAGGAUUUCACUUUUGAUGGCGCCUACUUCAUUGAUAGUACCGGAGAGCAAAUUUACAACGAAAUCGUUUACCCACUUGUUGAAAAUGUAAUCGAGGGUUAUAAUGGUACUGUGUUUGCAUAUGGACAAACGGGAGCUGGGAAAACUUUCUCUAUGCAGGGAGUAAUGGAGGUGGCCGCUCAAAGAGGAAUCAUUCCCCGUGCAUUCGAACAUAUCUUUCUUGCAACUGCUACAACACCGGACACAAAAUUUCUCGUCCAUUGUUCUUACUUGGAGAUAUACAAUGAAGAAGUCCGAGAUCUACUUGGUGAUGUGAGAGAUCAAAAGCUCGAUAUAAAAGAACAUUCUGAGCGAGGUGUUUAUGUAGCGGGUCUCUCAAUGCACGUGUGUCACAAUGUGAAUGAUUGUCAAGAUCUCAUGAAUAAAGGCUUUGCGAAUCGACAUGUUGGAUCAACAAAUAUGAAUGCUGUUUCUUCAAGAUCCCAUUCAAUUUUCACCGUUUAUGUCGAGGCUUUAAAUGAGCAGGGAACAAUAAGAAUGGGAAAAUUGCACUUAGUUGAUUUGGCUGGAAGUGAACGACAAAGCAAAACGGGUGCUGUGGGAGAUCGUUUCAAAGAGGCCACAAAAAUUAAUCUUUCUCUAUCGGCUCUUGGAAAUGUCAUCUCAGCUCUUGUUGAUGGAAAGAGUAAACAUAUUCCAUACAGAGACUCAAAGCUCACUCGAUUAUUACAGGAUUCACUCGGUGGAAACACAAAAACGAUCAUGAUCGCUUGUAUCUCUCCAUCAGAUGAUAACUAUGAUGAGACUCUAUCAACCCUUAGAUAUGCGAAUCGUGCAAAGAAUAUCAAAAACAAACCUAAAAUCAAUGAGGAUCCAAAAGAUGCAUUAUUGAGAGAAUAUCAAGAAGAAAUUGAACGAUUGAAGGGAAUGCUUGGUGGUGGAAGUGGAGGUGGAGGUGGAGGAGCUGGGAUACCGGCAAUCUCAAACUUCGAUGUGGACGCAGAACGGGAGAAACUGCGAGCUGAGUUUGAAGAGGCGAUGAAUGAAUUGAGAGCUGCCUAUCAAAGUGAACAAUUGAGUAAGCAAAAAGUCGAAGAGGAUCUUCAAGAAUUGAAAAGACAAUAUGAAUCGGCGAAUGCUGAAAUCGAUGCAAUGUCCAAAGCGGGAUUAGAUCCAAGUGAAGCAAAGAAAAGAUUAGAAUUGAUUCAGCAACAAUUGGUUGGAGGAGAGCAAGCAAAUAAUGAAGAUUUGAAGAAAGGGAGAAUGAAGAAAUUGAAAGAUGCUGAAACGAAAACACAAAGAUUGGCUGCUGCUCUGAAUGUUCACAAAGAUGAUCCUCUCCUGCACGUUUAUAGUUCAACACAAGAGAAGCUUGAUGCGGUCACCGCUCAAUAUCAGAAAGAACAGAGAAAGGUGAAAGCCUUGGAAAGCGAGAUCGAGGAUCUACAAGGAGAAUUCGAAUUGGAUCGAUUGGAUUACCUAGAAACAAUACGGAAACAAGAUCAACAAAUCAAACUCCUUGCUCAACUUCUCGACAAAAUCCAUCCAUUAAUCAAAAAGGAUUGCAACUACUACAACCUGGAGAAAGUCAAGAAAGAAGCAAUAUGGAAUGCCGAUGAGGGAAAAUGGGUUCUCCCUGAAAUGUCAAUUUCGAAAACCACUCUACCAAAUGCUACAAAUGGCAAUGGUUUGAUCAAUGGUAAUCGAAGUGAGCCAGCCUCGAGAGCCGUUGCUGAUUAUCACAAUGAAGAUGAAAGUAAAUUGAGAAGGCGUUUGGCCAAAAGUGAAGAGGAGAACCUCGCAAAUAGCUAUUUCAAGACAUUCAACAAAUCAAACGUUGUCAAUAAGUAUAAAGGAGAUAUGCAAAGAAAAAUUGAUGCUAAAUCGUAUUUCCCAAAGCGAUUUCAUAAUGUGAAAGAGGGUCUUUUGACUGGAGUGAUCUACACAGAUGAUGUCUAUGGAAGAUCGGGAAGUGCAGGAAAAAGACCGACUAGACUUGAAGCAAUCAAA